CGUGCUUCCGGUAGCUUGCUCCUGCCUGUUACGCUUCCCUGACCUGGCACUCAUGCUACCAUGCUGCCAGCGCAGGUACGGCAGUCGAUCGCUCUAUUCCGACAGACGAGACCAGUCUAUGCACUACACCAUGGUACCCGGCAUUGGCCAUCGGCGGCAGAUGCUGCUGACGGAACAGGUGGGAAUGCACUCCAGAUCACGGACCCUCUCCUGAUUUACCAGGCUAAGGUAGCCCGAGGGGAACUCGAUGAGGACUUGGAGCAAGUCAAAGCACUAGUGAAGCUACGUAACCUUAGCAGGCGACUGCAAGAUUACACGCCUCCAGCUCACCUCCUAGGCAUCUUGAGAGCAGCAGAGAGGACAGCAGCAGACCCCAACGUCUCUCGCAAGGAAAAGGAUGCUACCAUGUCGGACUCACAAACAGCUCUGAUACGGUAUCUUAGCACGCAGCAGACGCUCGCCGACCUCGAUACCCCACGAGGUCUCUUGAUCACUGGUCCCCCUGGGACUGGCAAGUCGAUGGUGUUAGACAUAUGGUUUGACUCUCUGCCUACUCGCGGGAAAUUUCGGAGACAUUAUCACCACCUUCUUCUCACCAUCUAUCGGAUCAUUUGGGUCGAGGCAGAGAGGAGGCGACAAGCUCUGAGAGGAGGAGCCGCUCCAACGCCUCUCGCGCAGUCGGACAAGGAGCUCGAGUGGGGUCAGCACGCUUCGAGCGGGCCCAGAAGAACGGUGCUGCCGGAUCGAGGAACAGGCGUAGUGUGGAGAAGAGGAGGGGGAGACGGUGUCCGGCCUGACGGCAAAGGCUCAGGGUGGAGGAGAAUCCUCACCGGCAUGCCCUUCUUCCGGCCCGACUCCUUGUCAACAGAUGAUGUCACUGCAGACGCGAUGACUCAAGACGAGCUUCUCGCCAGGGAGGCUACGACAAAUCUUGCAGCGGCUGCGCAGACGACGCUCCCUCUACACGCUGCGUCCAAGCUUUUCCUUGACUAUGGCCCUGUCCUGCUCUUCGACGAAGUUCAGCUCAUUGACGUGGCCUCAGCUGGCCUGCUGAAGAGGAUUCUAGAAGCCUACUGGCUCUUGGGCGGCGUAGUCGUCGGCUCUUCGAAUCGGUUGCCCGAGGACUUGUACAACAACGGCGUACAACAGCAGCAGCUCGUUGAGUUUUUCGAAGCGCUGCGCAAUCGCUGCCCAGUCCACGAGAUGAAAGGUGAGCGGGACUUCAGGAGAAUGCCAGGGGCGCUGCACUUCUGGAACUCGUUUGGCAAAGAUGCAGAGGACGCUGCCCUUUCGGGCUCGGAUACCUCACUUGGGUUGGACGGCGCCUCUGCUUCCGAAUCUAUUUCAGGAGGCCAGACGCUGGGCAAUACCACCUACUUCGUCCACGGACAAGAACCCGCCUUCCAGAAUGCCCUGUCCCGUUUGGUAGACGGCAGAUCCCCAAGUCACACUACGCUCAAAGUGUAUAAUCGUCCCGUGCAUGUCACGACCUCGUACCCUCCUACACCAACACAGCCAAGCAUCGCGGUAUUUACUUUCGCUGGCUUGUGUGAUUCGCCCUUAGGACCGGCAGACUACUUGACGAUUGUCAGUCACUUCGAGGAGAUCGUAGUCCGAGAUGUUCCCCAGUUGUUGCUUGUCAACAAGAACCAAGCCAGGCGAUGGAUCACAUUUAUCGAUGCCGCGUACGAGUCGGGCUCGCGAUUGCUGAUCAUGGCAGCCUCAAAGCCUGAUGAUCUCUUCUUUCCCGAAGCUCGCCACGAGCGACGCCAAAGGCGGCCAGCGCCACCUCCAGCUCAAGCAGAGCCUGACGAUGUUGUUGACAUGUCGGCUCGCGGUGCACGCAGCCCCUUUUUGACUCCUGUUGCUGGUCAGGGCUACCCUGAGGAGGCCCAGCUUGCUAGUGAGAAAGCGGCGGCAGCAAAGCGCGAGCAAGAACGGAGAUGGGAAGACGAGCUCACAUCUGAGCAGCUCAUCCAAAGCGAGACGUUGUCUGAAGCUCGCCAAGACGUCGAAGAAGGUUUCCGUCCCAACAUCAGCUCAUACGUCGAGCUCGGCUCAUCAACUAGUGCCGGACGCACAUCUAUCGCAGACAAACGGCGCUUGGAGAUCGAGCAGAGGAGGCAGGAGCGGGAGCGUCAGCGAGCCAAGGAGGAAACGGUAGUAGGAUUUCCUGACUUAGCCAUCUUCUCGGGUGCGGAUGAGCGCUUCUCGUAUGCAAGGGCAGUCAGCCGAUUGCACGAGAUGUCCAGUCCGAUUUGGAAGACUCGGAAGAGGUGGACGCCCCUACUGGAGAGUGAGAUGAGACUGUGGGGUGUGGGAGGAGAGCCUACCUCGGAAGUCGGCAAGGGUGCGACAGCAGCAGCGGCUGCCCAAGGUAGCUCUGCUACAGCGCAUCUCUCCAGGGAAGCAAACGACGCGAUGGCGAACAUGGGAGAUUUUGCCGACGAGGCUUCGUACGAAGCGUCUACCUUUCCCUCCCGCACCUCGUCCUAUGCUGACGAAGCGGCGCCGGCAUACAAACCAAGCGGGUCCGGGCCUGUUCCUCACAAUCUGCCAUCGACAUCUCGGUUCAUGGAGCGCGAGGUGGUGCAAAAGGGCGAAGGACCCCCUAAGAUCUCACCCGUACAUGUGUGGGGACAGGCAGAGUGGGGUCCCAAAGCAGGUCGAUGGGGCAAAGGACCAGACGGGUUGGCUGUGAGAGAGGACCAAGAGCAGCCGAGUGAGCAAGGCGAAGAGCUGCGAGAAAGGAGAGCGAGGUUGCGGAGGGAGAGGACGGGCCAAUGAGAUGCUCAGAAUUCAGCAUGUGUCGACGAAUCCUGGAAGUCGUGCGUCUCUGAGCUUCGACAUGUGU